AUGCAACUUGUGGAGGAAAUGAAGCCAGGAAACCAGACCAUCAUUACCCACUUCAUACUUUUGGGGUUUGCCUUCCACGGCAAGAUUCGGCUCCUAUUUUUCAUAGCAAUUUCCUUCAUGUUUCUGGCCAUCAUGACAGGGAACUCUCUUACUGUUGUGGUAACAACCAUUGACCCUGCCCUACACACACCCAUGUAUUACUUCCUAAAGAAUCUCGCCUUGAUGGAGAUCUGCUACAGCUUGAGCGUUGUCCCCAAGAUGCUUGUGACUCUGCUGGUGGAGAGAAAAAUUACUUCCUUCACAGCUUGUGCCCUGCAGCUCAACUGUGUUGUACUUUUUGUCACCUGUGAAUGUUUCCUGUUAGGCACAAUGGCGUAUGACCGGCAAGUGGCAAUAUGCCAUCCAUUGCACUACAGCACAAUGAUGAACAGGAACCUCUGUGUCAAGAUGGCUAUUGGGUCUUGGCUGUCUGGUGUCCCGGUGGCCGUGGGCUUCACCACAUGGUUAUUUACCUUGCCUUUUUGUGGGGGAAACAAGGUUGAUCAUUUCUUCCGUGAUGUUUCUCCUGUUUUGAAGCUGGUGUGUGCAGAUACAGCCUUGUUUGAACUACUGAUUUUUGUUGCUACUGUCAUAAUAAUGAUGAUCCCUUUUUCACUGAUAGCUAUCUCUUACCUUUGCAUUAUCCAUGCUGUGCUUCAUAUACCCUCAGGUGUGGGCCGGAAGAGGGCCUUUUCCACCUGUGCAGCCCACCUCCUGGUAGUUACUCUUUUCUACAGCACAGCCGGCAUCAUUCACCUGCAACCCAAAUCCAGUCUCUCAUCCAAUAUGAAGAAAAUGGUUUCCCUCUCUUACACAGUUGUCACCCCUGUGCUGAACACCAUCAUCUACAGCCUGAGAAAUCAGGAAGUCAAGCAAAGCCUGAGGAGAUGCUUUGACAGAACAUUACUUAUGAAGCAGCUUGCCAUUUUUCUUCUAUCUGGGUGA